AUGUCUGGGGAAGAAAUCAUUGGAGAGUUCACGGUUCAGCCCGUCCCGCGCGCCCUUCCGUGCACGGCGCUUCCGCCUAUGGUGGUCCGGAUCGGGGACUACAGCCCGGGGACGGACGCGAUCCAGGGCAUGUGCGUGCUGCUCGACCACAACGGCAACAACACCCUCCAGGACGUCCCGAGCCAGCACGGGCCCCUGGACAGCAUCUUUGACACCACCCAGGGCGCCGGCCUGCAGUGCCACGCGUCGAUCCCGACCUGCCCCUCGAAGCUGUCGUCGAGGUCCGACAGUGGCAGCAGCGGCAGCUCCUCGUCGUCCAGCGGCGCCAGCGGCGAGGAAAAGAGCAUAUACUUUGCCUUUACCAACAUCGCCAUCACCUGGCCUGGGACUUAUACGGUCGGCGUCUACGUCUGGAUCUACCCCACGCCUACCAAGGAGGUGCCGCAGCCUGAGCCCUACAUCGCUGGGAAGGUUGUUUCCGAGCUGAUUGAGGUCCUUGAUGGCACCAAGGACCCUGAGGAGCGGCCUCGUGAGUAG